UUUAUUGGGAUUCAUUACUGUAAUAAAAUUCAAACUAAUUCAUACUAAAUUAUUGUUGUGAAAAGAUUUUGAUCUACCAGAAAUUUCCCCGAUUUAAUCAAGCAAAAAUAAGCAAACAAAUCAAAGAAUUUUCCGAAUUGCUUUCGUUCACUUUUCCAUUUUUCAUUAUGUUUCAAUUUUCAUUCCUGUAUUCUUCUCGUCGUUCUGUUCCUACAUUUUUCAAAUCAUAUAGUGCAAGCCACAAAAGCAGUUUUAAAUUCAAUCAUCCAUUAAAAUCUUCUUCUAAACCUUUUUCUACUGGUUCCCAUUUUACUUCAACCAGUAAAGAAUUGCCGGAAAAAGAAUUACGUGUAAAGGCUAUUUUUUUAGCUUUUAUUCCUAUAUUAACCUUUGGUUUGGGUACUUGGCAAGUUGCACGUUUGCGUUGGAAAGUUAAAUUAAUCGAAGAUUAUGAUGAUCGAUUAUCUAAACCACCAAUUAAUUUACCCAAAAGAAUAAAGUUAGAUGUUUUGAAAGAUUAUUUAUAUAGACGCGUUAAAACUUCAGGAAAAUUCCUUCAUGAUCAAGAACUUUAUUUAGGCCCGAGAACAUUUAAAAAUAAACUGGGUUAUUACGUUAUUACGCCGCUUGAACGUGAAAACGGUACUACAAUUUUAGUUAAAAGAGGAUGGAUUCCGAGAGAAAAAAUUGAUCCAUCAACGAGACCAGUUGGACAAAUCCAGGGCAAAGUAUCCGUUGAAGGAUUGUUAAAAGGUUCAGAAAAGAAAACGUGGUUCGUCCCAGAAAAUAAUCCAGAAAAAAACCAAUGGUACUGGUUAGAUGUUGAUACUAUGGCUCAAAUAACGGGAUCUCAGCCGAUACUAGUAGAACAAAAUUUGGAAGGAUCCCCCUUCAUAAUAAAUCAAAUGAUUCAAGACGGUAUCCCAGUUGGAAAAAUUCCUAGUGUGGAAUUAAGUAAUACGCACUUACAAUACGCAAUCACAUGGUAUAAUAUUUCUUCUAUAAUAUUUAUCCAGCUAAGAUAAUGCAUACACUUUUUUUUGGCAAAUGUUCAAUUUGCUAUUUUCUUUUUUUUCUCUGUUUUCUCUUUCUUUUUUUUUUUUU